CACCUACUUCAACGCAGUGGGAGGUUAGUUGUUUGUUUGUUUUUUUGAGAAUUGUCAAGAGCAAAAAGAUAAAGAGGCAAAUGGAAAUGAAUGGUUAUUGACAUUUUUGGGAAUGAUGUGUGGGCAUAUCUAUAUACAAAACAGCGGCAAACACAACAACAACGACGGACGGCACCACUGGCUGAUACGGACGGGCAUUUUAUCGUUCGACCUGGUGAAUUCUUGACGGAUAGAUAUCAAAUGCAGGAAACCCUGGGACAAGGAACAUAUGGCAAGGUAGUGAAAUGUUACGACCAUGUGCGGCGGACGUUCUGCGCUAUCAAGAUCAUCCGCGCCAUCCCAAAGUACCGAGAAGCCAGCCAGACCGAGAUCCGGGUUCUCAAUACGUUGAAAGAACAUGAUCAGCUCAAUUUUAAUCAAUGCAUCCACUUGACAGAGUGGUUUGAACACUUUAACCAUGUCUGCAUGGUGUUUGAACUCCUUGACCAGUCUGUGUUUGACUUUCUCAAGGCCAAUCAUUACGAGCCGUUUCCAAUCAACCAGAUCCAAUCUUUUGCUAAACAGCUCCUGACGAGCGUAGCUUUUGUGCAUGACCUUAAAAUGAUACACACCGAUCUGAAGCCCGAGAAUAUAUUAUUGAAGCAUCACGAGUAUAGCGACCUACCCAAUGCGCGCACAAAGCGUGGCACCUUCCGGGUAUUACACAGUACCGAAAUUAUUCUGAUUGACUUUGGAUCUGCCACAUUUGAAGAUGACUAUCAUUCAUCGGUUGUAUCCACACGACAUUACCGCGCACCAGAAAUCAUACUAGGUCUUGGCUGGUCCUAUCCUUGUGAUAUCUGGUCCAUUGGUUGCAUUCUCGUCGAAUUCUUUACCGGCGAAGCGCUUUUCCAGACCCACGACAAUUUGGAGCAUCUUGCCAUGAUGGAGACGGUCUUGGGAAAACUGCCUGUUCGACUCGCACAUUCUGCAAGUCGCGACGCAUCCAAGUAUUUCAAAAACGGCCGGUUAUGCUAUCCUGCCCCUGAUACCAUUGCACAGAACCAAAAGUACGUGAAAAGCUUAAAAUCGCUCAAGAAUACCAUUCAGCCACGCAAUCGGACCAAUGGCGCCUUCUUGGACUUGUUACAACGGAUGCUCACCUAUGAUCCUGCCAAACGAAUCACUGCCCGCGAUGCCCUACGCCAUCGAUUUUUUAAUAUCGAGUUUGACAAGUACGGGCAAGAAGUCAGCAACAACAGUAACGACGGGUACAAUUAAGCAUCACACACACACACACACACCAAUACUGUUCUCAUCCUGCAGCGCCAUUCUAUACAUAAUAAUACAUCACAUACUCACACACACACACACAUAUACAAUUUACACUUAUAUUCCCCCCUACCUACCUGCCUACCUAUCUCCUCCUCCCCUUGCUUUGUGUCUUUUGUUCCUUCUUUACCCGCCCCCCUUUCCUCCCCUUUGUCUCCGUCACUUGCGCGUAUUUUUUGUCCCUGCUCCAUUGUUAUUCUACUUUCUCUCAUCCAUCAUUAUACUAUAUACAUAUUUACAUCCAUCCACCUACAAAAGAUAAAAAUAUAUAUACAACGAACGAACGAACGACAACAACAACAACUACUACUACUACUACUACUACUACUACUACUACUUCUACGCCCACAUAUACAUUUUUGUUAGUAAUGACAUUCUAGAAAGAAAGAAAAC